UCUGACUUUGUGGAAAUCAUUCAUCGCUCUCUCAUUAUAUAUAUAAAUAUUUUGUAUAUACUCUCUCUUCCAAACGGUGGUUUGUUUCUCAAUUUCCAAAGAACUAAUUCACCACCACCACCACCUCAACCAACCUCUUUUUACAAUGGAAGGUGGAGUACAUAAGCCUGAUAUCUCAGCUUUUAGAGAAUGUCUUUCCCUUUCAUGGAAAAAUCCUUAUGUCCUUCGUCUUGCUUUUUCUGCUGGUAUUGGUGGCCUUCUCUUUGGCUACGACACUGGUGUCAUAUCUGGGGCUCUUUUGUACAUCAGAGAUGAUUUCAAAGCUGUUGAUACCAAAGUUUGGCUUCAGUCAGCUAUAGUGAGUACUGCACUUGCUGGAGCAGUAAUAGGUGCUGCAGUUGGUGGCUGGAUUAAUGAUCGAUUCGGAAGGAAAAGAUCAAUUAUGAUUGCAGAUACCCUCUUUUUUAUAGGGUCUGCUAUCAUGGCUGCUGCAACCAGCCCUGCUAUUCUCAUCGUGGGCCGUGUUUUUGUCGGACUUGGUGUUGGAAUGGCUUCAAUGGCUUCUCCACUGUACAUUUCAGAAGCUUCGCCUGCUAAAGUGAGAGGUGCCCUUGUAAGUCUCAACAGUUUUCUCAUCACUGGGGGACAAUUCCUCUCCUAUCUCAUCAACUUGGCCUUCACUAAGGCACCUGGAACAUGGAGGUGGAUGCUUGGUGUAGCAGCAUUACCUGCUAUACUACAAUUGCUACUAAUGUUUUGGCUGCCAGAAUCACCUCGUUGGUUGUUUCGAAAGGGUAGAGAGGAGGAAGGAAAAGCAAUUCUGAGAAAGAUUUACCCAGCAGAAGAAGUUGAUGCUGAAAUUCAGGCUUUACAGGAAUCAGUUGCAAUGGAAUUGAAGGAAGCUGAAUCUUCAGAAAAGAUAAGUAUGAUCACACUUUUAAAAACUACAAGUGUGAGAAGAGGUUUGUAUGCAGGAAUGGGCCUUCAAAUAUUCCAACAAUUUGUAGGAAUCAAUACCGUAAUGUACUUCAGCCCAACUAUUGUUCAGCUAGCUGGUUUUGCAUCUAAUCAAACCGCAAUGCUUCUGUCUCUUAUCACUGCUGGGUUGAAUGCGUUUGGUUCGCUUAUAAGCAUAUAUUUCAUCGAUAAAACCGGGAGAAAGAAGCUAGCUUUGAUUAGUUUGUUUGGAGUUGUCUUAUCACUUGUGCUUCUUACUGUCACUUUUCGACAAACGGAAACUCAUUCUCCAAUGAUAAGUGAAAUAGAAACUUAUCGUUUCAACAACACUUGUCCUGCUUUUACUCCUUCUCGUGGCGGAUGGGACUGCACAACGUGUUUAAAGGCUUCACCAAAAUGUGGAUUUUGUGCAUCCGACUCUAACAAGCUGUUACCAGGUGCAUGCUUGAUCUCAAAUGACAUGACAAAGAACCAAUGUCAAAAAGGACACAGAUCAUGGUAUACACAAGGAUGUCCUAGCAAAUUGGGUUGGCUUGCACUGAUUGGAUUGGCUCUCUAUAUACUGUUCUUUUCACCUGGAAUGGGGACUGUUCCAUGGGUCAUAAACUCUGAGAUUUACCCCUUAAGGUAUAGAGGAGUCUGUGGAGGAAUGGCUUCAACAAGUGUUUGGAUCUCAAACCUUAUUGUUUCUCAAUCCUUUUUAUCUCUCACACAAGCUAUUGGAGUUGCAUGGACAUUCAUGUUGUUUGGAAUUGUUGCUGUCAUAGCAAUUUUCUUUGUCCUCGUUUUCGUACCAGAAACCAAAGGUGUUCCAAUUGAGGAAGUGGAGAAGAUGCUUGAACAAAGGACUCUGCAAUUCAAGUUUUGGAAUAAGAGAAUCGCCUCCCAGAAGGGUUGAGUUAGUUUAUGUUAGUUUUAAGGUUUAUGACUAUUUUCUUAGGAUCUGCAUUAAUAAUGUUUUCAUAUUUUUAGUGUUUUGACUUUAUGCUUUUUUGGAUUACCAGCUUAAAAAAUAAGUGGAAUGAAUUGUGAAUAUAAAAUUAUGCUACUCAACAUUUGGUAAAUUAGAGCUUUCACUGUUUCACAUCUCAAA